ACGGACCGGGGGGCGGAAGCCAAGCAAAAUCGAGUGAAAAAGAAAAAUCCUCAAAAUGUUGAAAGAGUUGGUAAGGGAGCGACUCAUUGCGGCCGCCGACGAAAUCUUCGGACUGUUUGAAAGAACGAUCGCGUCGUACGAGGAGCAACUUGGUCGAGCGAGAGAGGAGAGCGAGCGACACCGACGACAACUGGAAACUGUUUGCAAGACUCAAAUUGUGAUACGUGUACAAGAAGGUAAACUUGGGGAGAGCUCCAGUGUGGAGCAGGAGGAUGCACAGUCCCCUCACCUUAAAGAAGAAGAGAAACAUCCAGAGCCGUCCCAUGUUAAGGAGGAAAAGGAGGAGGCUGACGUCAGUGAUUUGCCACUGACCGUCGUCAUCGUGAAGAGCGAAGACGAUGACAACCCGUCCGAAUCGUCACAGCUUCAUCAUCACAGUCCAAGUGGAGACCACUGUGGAGGACCACCAACAGACAACCUCUUAGCUCCGCUGUCACAUGGCGACGACACGUUCGAACUUUCGAGGGGCGACACAGACUGCGAUGGAGACGACCAGCGCAAAGAACGUUUUACCUGCCCGAUUUGUGGCAAAAGCUACUCCUAUAAGUGCAACUUGACUCUCCACAUGAGAACGCACUCAGGAGAAAAACCCUUUUGUUGCUCAGUUUGUGGUGAAAACUUUUCCAGUAAGUACAGUUUGAAAUGUACAUACGCGAACCCACACUGGAGAGAAACCCUUUAGUUGUUUAGUGUGUUGUAAGAUGUUUACCCAAAGGGCACACAUGCGGUCGCACAUGAGCACGCACACCGGAGAGAAAUCCUUUA